CCGGGGCGGGGGAGACGGAGCCGCGCCAGGCCCAGAGACGCCGCCGGAGCCGGGCCAUGGAGGAGUUUCACCCCCACAACGACGAGAUGACCUUCAAUGCUGAGGAAGCCCACAACAUCGUUAAGGAGUGCAUAGAAGGGAUUUUGGGCAAGGUAGAUUACAAUCACAACAAAGUCAAUCAGUGGACUGCAACUAUAGUGGAGCAAUCUUUAACACAUCUGGUAAAACUAGGAAAAACAUACAAAUACAUUGUAACCUGUGCAGUGAUGCAGAAGUGUGGCGCUGGUCUCCACACAGCAAGCUCGUGCUUUUGGGAUACCACAACUGAUGGUACCUGCACAGUGAGAUGGGAAAACCGGACUAUGAACUGCAUUGUCAAUGUUUUUGCCAUUGCUGUUGUCCUGUAGCUGACUGGAGUACAAAUAUUAAGUUACACCAAAGCCUUUAAGAUCAGAAAGUAUCAAAAUCUCAAAGCAUAUUGCCAUUAUGUAAUACUGUUUGUGCACUAAAGAAAAAGGUAUGAACAUGCUGUAAAGUCCAUUACACAAAGUGUACAUUCUGAACAAAUUCUUUCAAUUUAACUUGUGACAACUGGCUUUCCUUUAGCAAAUUUUAGCAAUUUAAAUAUUCCAGAUUGAUGAUAUGUUAAACUGGAGAUGCCAUGAUAUUAAUAAAAUGAGAAUAUGGAUAUUUGCAUCAAAAGAUUACAUCUACAAUGCAAGUGAAAGUGAGACUAGCAUAGGUAAGCAUACCCGUGCUUGCCUUAAUCUAGGUAACGCGAUAGUAUAGAUGUGACUGCACUGGCUAGCUGCCCAAAUACAAACAUGUGA